AGCGCGACACUGACGCGUGGCCCCCACCUCUGCUUUCCCCUUCCUCCCAAAUAAAACCUCUACGCUGGAAAACCCCGCAAUCGCCGGCCGUCCAGGAACCCAACCGCCGCCGCCGCCGCCGCCGCCAUGGCCACUGCCGGAGCCUUCCACGCCGGCGGCCGCCUCCUCCUCCCGCUCCGACGCAGCCCCCGCGGGCCCAGCCCCUCACCAUGGUCCCACGUCCGCACCCACCUCAUCUCCUCCAAGCCGCCGCCCUCCGCUCCUCUCCCGCCGCCCGUGCCGCCGGCGCGCCCGUCCCCAGUGGGGUCCGCCUUCGGGUCUCUUAGCAGGAAGACCGGCGCGUUGGGGGCCGGCGCUGGCGCUGGCGCGGGUGUCGUCGGGUGGUACCUUGGCGUCCUGGACGCGCGGCCCGUGCUGACCAAGAGCGUCACCGCCGCUGCCAUCUUCACCGUCGCGGACCUCUCCUCCCAGAUGCUCAGUCUUGGUCCUGAGGAUUCAUUUGAUUAUCUCAGGACCAUGCGUAUGGCUAGUUAUGGGUUUCUGAUCUCAGGACCUACCCUCCAUCUCUGGUUCAAUUUUAUCUCAAAAUUCUUCCCCAAAAAGGAUGUAGUGAACACAUUGAAGAAGAUGUUUCUAGGGCAAGCAGUCUAUGGACCAAUUAUUAACUCAGUUUUCUUCUCGUAUAAUGCAGGAUUACAAGGUGAGACUGUUCCUGAGAUUAUUGCAAGAUUGAAGAGGGAUCUAGUUCCCACCAUCAAAAGUGGGCUUUUGUAUUGGCCAACUUGUGAUUUCAUUACUUUCAAGUUUGUUCCAGUUCAUUUACAGCCACUAGUGAGCAAUUCAUUCUCAUUUCUUUGGACCAUCUACAUAACAUAUAUGGCAAGCUUAAAGAAAGCAGAUGUGGAGGUGGCCACGAGUACCUAACUGCUGUCAAAUGACUCAACAUGGCUGUUAUCUGUCGAUUCUUUGUACAAGGCAGACUUAAUGUGUGCCUCUUGGAACUAGGAUGUUUCUGCCGUUUUAUCGACCAACGAUUUUAGGCUCUAGAUAGAUGGAUUGCUUCCAAUGCAUCCUUCACUUUUGUUUAGAGUAUAGUGUCCACAGGGAUUCUACUUGCCAAUGUUUUUGGCCGAAGACCAUUUUGUCUGGAUGAUCAAAUUAUACUAGGUCCAUUGGUCUUCUGUGAUAUCUUUGUACGGUCUUUGAUCCUAUGGGUCAAAAGUACAUUUACUUAUACUAAAAUCUCUGUAUCUAGUUAUGGAGAUGUAAGUGAACCUGUUCUUUGUCACACAACAAUAACAGACACGAUUUGAUCC